UCUACACAAACAACUGAUAUGAAGUUAAUUGACAUUUCAUCCACAACUAUAUUUUACAAAUAUUUUGACAUUUGUGAUGUACCCUACAAUCUAUUGGUAGGCACAAAAUCAGCAAGCAUGACAACGCAAAUAGUUGGUUGAUGCUGCCUGAGACGGUCAGAGGGAUGACUGUGUCAAACAGCUUCUGCUCCUUUACUCUCUGAAUCUGUGGCACCUCUGCAGAAAAGCUGGCUGUCAGAUCUUGCAUGGAACCAGAUCAUCCACGAGAACCAGCAUACAAAGAGGACCCAAAAGUGGUAGCUCCAUGUGGUGACAUUCCCAACAUGCCUUUGAAGAUUCAUCAACACUGGAAAAUGGCAACAACUUCUCCUCCAAUGGACUGUGGCUUUAAAGACAACUCUAUAGAUACAGCUUUACCAAUACUCUACUUCCUGAUGUUUAUCCUGGCUUUCAUCCUGAAUGUGGUUGCAAUCUGGGUCUGCAUGCGCCUGCACUCAAGGACCACCUUUAUAGUGUAUCUGAAGAACCUUGUGGCGGCUGACCUUCUCAUGACCCUGACCAUCCCUUUUAAGGCAGCCAAUGAAAUGCCUGGUGCUCCUCUGGCUCUGAAAGUAUUUUGCUGUCGCUGCUCUGAUGUGAUUUUCUACCUCUGUAUGUAUAUGAGCAUUAUUCUAUUGGGCCUCAUUAGUCUGGACCGCUUCUUCAAGAUCGUCAGGCCUUGUGGAAGGUUGUUGGGUCAGAAUCUGGUGUUCGGCAAAAUGCUGUCUGCCUUCUUCUGGAUGGUUUUGUUGAGCUGUGAGGUAAUUCCAACUAUGGUCCUGACCAACCAGGAUCUCACAAACAAUACUAAAGGAUCAUGCAUGGAAAUGAAGAGUCAGCCAGGGCGGAAAUUUCACAAUGCUGUGGUAAAACUCAAUAACGCAAUAUUUUGGAUGUUUUGUGUACUUAUUUGUUUCUGCUACAUAUGCAUAGCAAGAAAGGUCAUUCAAUCAUACAGGAAAUCUGGAAGUAGAAAUGAUAAGCGGAUGUAUAAGACCAAAGUACAGGUGUUUUUGGUUCUGGCCGUUUUCCUGGUUUGCUUUGUCCCCUACCAUGCUAUACGCAUCCCAUACACCAGGCUUCAGGUAACUCCAAUAUCUAGUUGCACAAAGACCAUCUUAGAGAUCUCUAAAAAGAUCACUUUGUGGAUAUCGUCUAUAAACCUCUGCCUGGACCCUCUCAUCUACUUCUUCCUCUGUAAGUCCUUCAGGACCAUCCUAUUGAAGCCAGACGGCCAUGAAGGCAGCACAAAAUCCUAACUUCUCAGCUAAAUUCUCUUUUGGAUAAGUUCUGUGGUGUUUUGAUUAUUUGUUCCUUCUUGUUAACUACUAGAAAUUAUUCCACUGGGUGUGAUGUAUGUGUGCUGUUAAGAACUACAUUGGGAAAUACAGAGAGGUAUGGAUUGUUCUGACAAACUUCAUUAGGAGCAGGACACCUUGUAUAGAUUGAUGAGGUAAAGGGAUUUUAAAAAGUGACAGAAUGUGAUAAUAGGUAAAGUUCUGUUCUGUUCUGUUUGGUUUGGCUCUGGGUUUUGUGAAUUUACAGUGGCCUGUUGUGUUUGGUUUUUGUCCUUUGUUCUUGAAUGCUGCCUGUCUUUGUCCUUAUUGUUUACACCAGUGUUUCUUCACUGUGCCCUGGUCACUGUUGCCUGUUUUGCCUUUUUUGUAGCCUUUUGUUUUCACAAAAAGGUGAGUGUGAGUCUAUUAAAAUCAACUUUUCCUUCUGA